UACAUAACCAAAGCUUAUCUCUCACGAUAAGACAUGAAUCACGGCUGUUUUUUGCUGACAUUAUACUGACAGAACAACCGUUAUUUUAAAAGGACUCAACCAACUGAGGAUUAAAUAAUUCACAAAAUGAAGGGAAAGCCUAGCUAUGCGCUGAAGGGAACCCUUAUCUUCGUGAUAUGUUGCUUUUUACUAUAUUCAGGAUUAUUCCUGGUUCAAAAUAUGUAUAUGAACACACCUCGUCCUUUGUAUCCACCAUUCAUUGAUAAGACAUUUCCUGAGAGGAUUCGAGUUUACUAUUACAACAAGCCCGAUUGGGUAUCUGUGCAUGAAUUUGAAGGUUGUGAAUAUAAAUGUGAUAUGACAGUAAACUCCAAAUAUAGUGCUUCUGCAAAAGCUGUGAUAUUUCAUGGACCUGGAUUGGGCAGGACAGCGCCUAAAAAGUCACGUGGUCAAAUCUGGAUCAUGCAUGGUUUGGAAUCCCCACAACAUUAUUCGAAUGACCUGUCAGAAUGGAAAAACGUAUUUAAUUGGACGUUUACGUACAGAAGGGAUUCAGAUAUUCUCCAAACGUAUUCAGGUUUCAUAUCAGUUCCAACUAAAAUUUCGAUAUCAAACAUCACCGAAUUGUGGAAAACUAAAGACAGGAUAGCUGCUUGGAUGGUAUCACACUGUCAUACCCACAGCAAGCGAGAAAAGUAUGCAAAUCUUUUGCGGAAAACCACUGACAUUCACGUGUACGGUGGGUGUGGACAAUUCAAAUGUCCAUCCUCUAAUGCAGAUAACUGUAUGGGACUUCUUCAAAAGCACUACCGAUAUUACCUAGCUUUUGAAAAUUCUCUCUGUUUAGAUUAUGUCACUGAAAAAGGUUUCAAAACAUAUGUUUACUCUCCUUCAACCAUUCCAGUGAUGAGAGGAGGUUCAAACUAUUCCCUCUUUUUCCCUCCAGGGUCAUAUAUCAAUACAAACGAUUUCAAUACAGCGGAAAACCUAGGGAAAGCGAUGAAUGGAAUUUCUACUGGAAAGAAUAAUUUCAGGAAGUUUUUUGCAUGGAAACAAGCUAUCACUGUUGACAAAACAUUGCAUCACAAGCAAUGGUGCUCACUUUGUGAACGGAUUCAUCUGUCUGAAAACCACACAGGUUUGUAUUCAAGUAUUAAAAACUGGCUGUACGACAAACCGAGAUCAGCGUGCAAAAGUCCUAAAGACCUAGGUUUGUAGAGACGUCGUUACUAUGGAAUUGAACUUGAUUUUCUAACUUUAAAU